AUGGCAGCACAGCUAACCCAACUGGUGCAGGCAGCGGCCAAGCCGUUACCAGAGAUCAGAGACCCCUUGUUUGGCCAGAUGUUCGACUCGUUCCGCAACUACAGAGUCGUCCUGCUCGGCGAUGGCAGCCAUGGCACGUCGGAGUUCUACAGUGCUCGAGCAGAAAUAACGAAGCAUCUGGUCGAUCACCAUGGCUUCAACAUGGUCGCGCUCGAAGCCGACUGGCCCGAUGCCGAGGCUAUUGAUCGCUAUGUACGGCUUCGUCCUGGACCCAAGGCACGCAUCGGAGGCAAAGCCAAAAGCACAGUUGAGCCUUUCAAACGAUUCCCGACCUGGAUGUGGAGGAAUCGCGAGAUGCAGGACCUUGUGGAAUGGAUGCGCGACAGGAACGCCAAGGUACCACUAGAGGAGAGAACUGGUUUCUACGGACUGGACCUCUACAGCAUGGGAACAUCAAUCAGGUCUGUGACUGAAUACCUUGACCGAGUGGACCCUGAACUCGGCAAGAGUGCCCGCAAACGAUACGGCUGUCUCCAACCCUGGAUGGAGGACCCGGCAUCCUAUGGACUUGCCGCAUUGCAAGGAAUGGAGAACUGUGAAUCAAAGGUUGUCCAGAUGCUAAAGGAAUUGCUUCAGUAUCGCUUGGAUUACACCGCAUCCGAACACGAUGGCGAGGAGUUCCAUAGUGCCGAGCAGAACGCUCAUGUGGUGCGGGACGCAGAGAAGUACUAUAAAGCAAUGUACUACAGCUCGGCAAGCUCGUGGACACAACGCGACACACACAUGUUCGAUACUUUGGACAGGUUAUUCCAGUUCCAUCAUCCCAAUAGCAAGGCCAUAGUAUGGGCGCAUAAUUCCCACGUGGGAGAUGCUCGCUAUACGAGCAUGGGCCAACGACGUAAAGAAGUCAAUAUUGGCCAACUCUGCCGUGAGAGGUAUGGCCGCGAGAACGUUGCUAUCAUCGGAUGCGGAACGCACACCGGGACAGUUGCAGCAGCCCACGAAUGGGAUGAGGAUAUGGAGGUAAUGAACGUCAAUCCGUCGCGACAGGAUAGCUGGGAAUACGUUGCGCACAGCACUGGAAUUCCGAGUUUUGUGCUCGACCUGCGUCCGGGCUAUGCUGAUGCAGAGCUGCGUAAGGCAUUCGCCGACGAGCCACCGAGACUAGAGCGUUUUAUAGGAGUUAUCUAUCGCCCAGACACAGAGCGCAUCUCGCACUACUCGCAGGCGUAUUUGCACAAUCAGCUGGACGCAUAUGUCUGGUUCGAUCGGAGCUCAGCAGUGAAUCCUCUUGAAAGGGUGCAGCCACGCACGGCUUUGGGCCACGAGGAGACUUAUCCAUUUGGUCUAUAA